UCGCUCGCGCCGCCGUGCGCGCGCGCGCCGGAGCUCCGCAGCCGAUUUCGCGGCACGCUGCCGUCAGUCCGGCACUCGCAGCCGGUCCGCACGCGCGCGCGCUCCGCUCGCUCACUUUCGAAGAAAGGGCCGCCUCGCGAGUGUCUCUCACCGCUCGCAUUGUCCCCGUCGCCUUCGCCUCGCUCUUUCUCAUCGCUAUUGACCGAAGCUCUCUUCGUGGAGAGAGAAAAAGAGAGAGAGAGAGAGAGUGAGAGAGAGAGAGAGAGAGAGCGCGAGAGAGUGAGAGAACGAACAUGCUGUCCUCGGUCUGAGAGCCCAGGUGACACCUGGUGGCUGUGAUUUGGCAGUUCCUCGGAGCAAAGUCAUGUGACGCUCGCACUUCUAACUUUCAUCAGGUGCGAUCGAGGUAAAAGAGGUGGCGGGAGCAUGUGGAAGGGAAGGACGCAGCUGGUACUGGUGGUGCUGGUACUGGUGGUGCGGCUGCGAUUGUCCGAGCAGCAGAAGCCAAGGCUCGGCGGCGCAGUGAACGUGUUCAGUCGUUACGGCUACCUCAGCAUCAGCAUGAGGGUGGUGCCCAGGAACGACAGCGAUACCUGGAUCUUCCGCGAGCCGACCCUCGACGUCUUUCGCAACCCCCAGCCGGCGCCCAACAAGCUGGGUAAGGCCACCGUCAUAUUCGACGGAGACUUCCACAUGGAGUUCUGCGACAACGUCAGGCAACUUUUGCAGGGCUACUUCCGGGACUUCACGUUCGAGGGCCUGCAGCGUCCGUGGCGAGCGUUCACGGGCAGCUGGUCGCGAGCGGCGAUAGCCAGGCACCUGGGCAUCAACUCGUCCUUCAUCACCGGCGACCACUGCUACGUGCUGGUGCGAGUGGCGCGCUUCCGCGAGGCCAAGAGGCUGCAGGCGCCCGUGCAGAGCAUCGACUCGCUGCUCCUCGACGAGGCAGUCGCUCGCGAGGCUGACAACGUCACCAUCGGUGACACCGCUAGUGUCAUUCGAUUCAUCAAGAACUUCGGCUCCCACUACAUCGCCAGCUACGUCACCGGCAAUUCGCUCUACCAGGUGUUCGUGUACAGUCCACAGGUGUACCAGCGCAUAAAGGAACGACUGAAGACUCGCGGAGUGGCCGACCUGUCGAGCCUGGAGCUGAGCAACUACUUCUCGCCGUGGUACGCGGAGCACAUGGGUGCCAUACAGUCGGCCUCGGGCAAUCGCUCGGUGGAGGCCUGGGCGGUCGAGCAGCUGCGAGUCCAGUACUACAUAUUCACCUACGCCAGUCUGCUGAAGCUCCACGGCGACGCGGCUCUGCUUCGUCAGCUAGACUCGCUGCUCGGCAACGAGGCGCUGCUGCAGCUGCAUCUGCGCACCCUGGCGCCGUUGUUCCGCGAGCCCGAGCGCCAAAAGUGGUUCCUCGAGGUGAUCGACAACUAUUUCAAGCUGUGGGAGGUGAACAUGUGAUCCAACUGGCGACCGGCUGCUGCAGGACCAAAGCAACUCUAGGCGCGCGCGAGCGAACAGCGUCCCUGUCCCCCCUUGCCCGUCCGCGUCCGAUCCCCAGCCUCGCGGACAUUAGUUUAGUAGCACGUCGCCAUUAUCCAGCAAUGGCCGAGCACGAGUCUCGCGGUCUGCUCGUGUACCCGCUGCUCGGCCGACUACCUGCCUCAAUGUGUGCGCGCGGCGCUCGAUAAGCAAUUGACCAUUUGAUCUCCCUCUCACUCUCUGCGCUUAGCUCAACUCGCUCUCGAGAACCGACUGAAUACACGCGCGCGUGCAUGGGACGAUUGCUAUUACAUGGAUCAGCACAUUUCACUCCGCAAUCGCUCUCUCACUCCGCUGCGACCAGCUAUAUACGACCAACAUUAUUAACUGCUGCUCUGCUGUAUCCUUACUCUUAGCUAUUUAUUGUCUCAUCCUUAUUAUAGUCAAUUCACAUUUUUCUAUCCACCUUUUCUCCUUCGCUGCGAAUUCGUCUUGCCGAUGCCUCUUUUAUCCUCCUUUAUUUUGAAUAUCGGCGAGUCUCCAACACGGAGAUUCGACGAUCCUGCAACGAGUAUUUUCGAGUACACCGCAUUUCAAGCGCACAAUCAAGGAACAUCUCCGACUUUUCCUUACGAUACUGUUUCAAAUUUUUUUUAGAAUUCGGGAUUUUUCCAUGCAAUUUACUAGCUGCGCGCUUAUGCGUCGUAUCUAUUAUACUGAAUUACAGGCUUGCAAGAACGUGUGCGAGAGAGCAGUGUAAUAUUACCUAGGAUUCUCAAAUAUAUAGUGCCAGUCAACUCAAACAUCGGGAAAUUGCUUUAGGCAGAUAACACUUUUUUAGUUUAUUCUUUUUGCAAUGACGAGUAAUUUAGUUCGAAAGAUAAAUCUGCAGACCAUGAUAACAUUUUGACAAAGGAAAGUUGAGGAAAGUGAUGAUGAAACGAAGAUUUUUUAUUUAAUUUUCAGUGUCUGUAUUUUUGAAAUUUCUCAAGUCAAUUUUAUAGUUAUAUAUUUAUAUAUAUAUAUAUUUUUUUAGAUACUCUUAAGUAAUUUAUGUUAAAAUAUUGUUAUAGCGUCGAAUUACGUCGAUACUUGUAUAGAUUAUUUAUACGCUUUUUAAAAUAAUUUUUUAAUAUUUAUAACAAUAUUGAACCAAUAUGGUAACUUAAAUUAAACUUUUUUGUAAGGCUCAAUUGUAUAAUAUGACGUUACUAAAGAGUCUUCGAGUGAUUUCAUCCUGACGUGGAUGCUUUCAGCAAAGCGCAAAGCGUGGAUGAAAAAGGGACGCGGAGCUGAAAUCACUUCUAGUAUCGUUCGAUAUUUUACGGCACACAUGCGAAAAUCAAGAUUUAACGUUAGCGCUCCUACGCGAGCCUGAAAUCAGUGGAGGUUCGCGCUCUAGCGUGUAAAAAUUAAGUCUCAACGUCGGUCAUAUAUAUGCCCGAUAUAUAAUAAGAUUGUCGGUGCAAUUUUUGAAAAUAAUUAUUCCAAAGCUCGUCCUCAUAUUUUUACCAUUUGGUUAAUUUUGAUAUAUUUAUCAAAAAAGUAUGUAGAAAGUUAUACAUUUAUUAUAAAAAUAAUUGUGAUUAUAUAGCAAAUUUACAAACACUGUAAACAUACAUCAUCAUGUGGAAGCAAUAAAUAAA